AUCUUCGCAAUAAUUUAGUUGUUAUAGCCCCAAAUAAUUGCCGACUCGGGUCCGCCACUGUCACCUGUCAGUGGUUUAAAAAACCGAAGCUGUCAGUUUGUCAGCGAAAAACUGGACAAAAACUAGUUUUAAACAUAAUUAAAAGUGAAAAACAUUGAACUGAAAAUCCGGGACCAUGUCUGAUGCUGAGGACGAUUUUAUGUGCGAAGAUGAGGAGGAUUAUGGCUUGGAAUAUUCAGAGGAUAGUAAUUCGGAACCGGACGUGGAUCUGGAAAAUCAGUACUAUAAUAGCAAAUCUUUGAAAGAAGAGGAGCCCAAAGCGGCGCUAGCUUCUUUCCAGAAAGUCCUGGACCUGGAAAGCGGCGAGAAAGGCGAGUGGGGCUUCAAAGCCCUCAAACAAAUGAUCAAAAUUAAUUUUAAACUGGGUAAUUUUGAAGAAAUGAUGACGCGCUACAAGCAAUUACUGACUUACAUUAAAAGUGCAGUCACUAGAAACCACAGCGAGAAAUCAAUCAACUCAAUCUUAGACUACAUCUCAACGUCGAAAAACAUGGAACUGCUGCAAAACUUUUACGAAACCACUCUCGAGGCGCUUAAAGACGCGAAAAACGACCGAUUAUGGUUUAAAACUAACACGAAAUUAGGGAAACUUUACUACGACCGCGGCGACUUCAACAAACUUGCUAAAAUUUUGAAACAGUUACACCAGUCUUGCCAGACCGACGACGGUGAAGACGACUUGAAAAAGGGCACACAGCUGCUGGAAAUCUACGCUCUGGAGAUCCAAAUGUACACAGCGCAGAAGAACAACAAAAAACUCAAAACAUUGUACGAGCAGUCGCUCCACAUUAAAUCAGCAAUACCUCACCCACUUAUCAUGGGCGUGAUUCGAGAAUGCGGCGGCAAGAUGCAUCUGCGCGAGGACGAGUUCGAAAAAGCCCACACUGACUUCUUUGAAGCUUUCAAAAAUUACGACGAGUCGGGCAGCCCCCGGAGAACCACGUGUCUCAAAUAUCUAGUGCUUGCAAACAUGCUGAUGAAAUCAGGGAUUAACCCGUUUGACUCUCAGGAAGCUAAACCGUACAAAAAUGAUCCCGAAAUUCUCGCAAUGACGAAUUUAGUAAAUGCUUACCAAACCAAUGAUAUUAACGAGUUUGAGUCAAUCCUGAAGCAGAACCGGCAGAAUAUUAUGGACGAUCCGUUCAUUAGGGAACAUAUUGAAGAUUUGUUGCGCAACAUCCGGACCCAAGUUUUGAUCAAGUUAAUUAAGCCCUACACUCGGAUUCAGAUCCCGUUUAUUUCAACCGAGUUAAACAUUGAUGUAUCGGAAGUAGAAAAUCUCUUAGUUUCAUGCAUCUUAGAUAAUACGAUUGAAGGAAGAAUAGAUCAGGUCAAUCAAGUGUUGUUCCUAGAGCGGGCUGCGGUGAACAUGGCGCGGUACAACGCUCUGGACCGAUGGACUAACCAGUUGAACACCCUCCACUUGUCAAUAAUCAACAAAAUGGCUUAACAUUUUGAUUAUUUUUUCCUACUAACAGUGAUUAAGUCCGCGAAAAUGUGAUACGUUUACAUGUUAACUAGUAGUAUCACUAAACAUAUUUAUUUUAACAUUAGUUAGGAAAUUCGUUACUUUCUGUUCAGAUGUAUUGCUCUAACCCGUAAUAAAGUUUCAUUUCAAA